AUGUUAUUCCUCGAUAAAUUAUACGAUUAUAUAUAUAAUAAAUACUUCAAAAAACCGGAUGAAUUGGAGCGUAGUUUCUAUUUGAAUCGGAAGUUACACUUUCCGUGUUCAAACCGAGUAAAAACCACUAAAUACACACCGUAUAACUUCGUAUUUAAAAAUUUAUACGAACAGUUGUCAAUCCCAUCUAAUUUCUACUUUGUAAUUAUUGCUAUUCUUCAGCUUACACCGCAGGUGUCGUCAACACAUGGAUACCCCGUUGUGCUCCUGCCUUUCAUUAUCGUAUUGUUGUUUUCGGCGUUCAAAGAUGCGUACGAAGACUACCAGAGAUACUUAUCGGAUAAUCAAUUGAAUAAUAACCUGUUGCAAAUAGUUAACCUACCAUGCGUGACGGAGGGGGUGAAGCCGAUCGAAGGGCUUAACGUGGACGAAAUGGACCGUUACGACUUCGUCAAGGGAGCGAUCAAGGACAACGUUCUGAAAAAUAAGUACUGGAAGGACCUGAAAGUAGGAGAGCUAGUGUUUCUGCAAAACAAAGAUAUAGCUCCAGCAGACAUGGUGCUUUUGGCAACAUCGGAGGAGAACGGAUACGCGUUUGUAGAUUCCUCUUCACUGGACGGUGAAACAAACAUAAAGAAGAAGGAGUCAAUAUUUGAGGUUUACAAUCACCUGGGAAGCGACUUUGACAUGGUGGUAACAGAGGUGCAGAAGUUCCUAGGGUUCUUCAACUGCGAGGGGCCGAAUAAGAACCUGAUGAGUUUCGACGGGAGCCUGAAGUACUACUUCUCCGAAAAAAUCACGCCGGUAAGGCUGAGCAAUGAGCUGAUGACGCUGAUAUCGUCAUACAAAAGCAGAGUGCUCAUGCAGGCUAAAUCAGCAUCACGCUCGAACACUAACGUUGGGACGCCAACGCCGAAGGAAGGAUUCAGCCGACAAAUAAGUUUGAGUUCAAAAAGAACCGCAAGUCCGAAAACGGAACUUCCGACGCCAUUGGACGGAACAGAGAGCCUGAAGGCGUUGGCGAUAAGCAGAAAGAGCUCAAUCGGGCACUUUGAAGUCAACCUGGACACGAUGAGUCCAGUGCAAGUGAGUCUGACGAAUCUGCUUCUGAGAGGAUGUAAGCUGAUGAACACGCAGUGGGUAGUAGGCUUCGUAGUCUUCACGGGACACGACACGAAGAUAUACAGGAACAUUUCGAAGGCGCCGAACAAAAUCAGUAAUUUACAGAGGAAGAUGAUGAUGACGACGUUCCUGGUGUGCAUGAUACAGCUCACGCUCUGCCUGUGCGCAACAGUAUACAACAUGUAUAUGCACGGGAUCAAGUAUUACGAAAGGUACGCGUACCUGUCGUUCAGAACGGGCAAGUCGAUGACGCAAGUGUUCUUCAUAACAUUCUUCUCAUGGGUCGCACUCACGGCGAACUUUGUGCCAAUCAGCGCAAUCGUGACACUGAACAUGGUGAAGCUGAUCCAGGGUUUCUUCAUACAGCUGGAUAACUCGAUGCACUGCGAAGAGCUAAACAUGAACGCUAAGGCGAGGAACACGAUGCUGAACGAGGAGCUGGGCCAGGUGAAGUACUUAUUUUCAGACAAAACAGGUAUGCCUGAAAAAUACAGGAGAACGCUCACGUGCAACAAGAUGGAGUUCAGAAAAUUCUGCCUCUUGGGACACAGCUACGGGCAGGGAUACACGGACGUAAUAAGGUUCGUGUACGCGAAGAAGGGAAUACAGCUGGAGAAGGACGAAGAAAACCCGCAUUAUUUGAAGGACUCGCACGUUAACCUGGUGGACGAAGGGCUCUUCAUAGAGCUGAGGGACCCAGCACACCCGAGACACCACCACCUGGUGGAGUUCUUCAUGCACCUGGCAAUAAACAACUGGGCAGUGCCGGACAGCGCAGACGUUAACACGUACAUCUGCUCGAGUCCGGACGAGCUGUGCUUUGUGAACGCAGCGGCCUUCUGCGGAUUUAAGCUUAUCACGAGGAGCUCGAACUUCGUGAUCCUGAAGGUGUUCGACCAGGUGUACAAGGUGAAGAUCGUGGCGCAGGCAGAUUUCGACUACAAAAGGAAAUGCAGCACAACAAUCGUGGCGUACUACAGAGACCUGGAGGAGAACUUCGUUAACACGAAGCCGGAGGACGGAAGCCUCUCCUCAACACGCUCGCUGCUGGCGCCGAGAGACUUCAACAAGAUGGUGCGCACGAAGGACAGGAGAAGUAAGAUCGUGAGCGACGAGAUGGAGCACGAGGACCUGUCUAAGUACAGGCUGGUGCUCUACUGCAAGGGCGGAGACAACGUGAUGCUCAAAAAGAUGAAGAACCUUAGCGAUCUGGACAACCUGACUGUAGAAAACAUGAAAAACUACUCAAUGGGAGGGCUGAGGACGCUGAUGUUCGGAAAGAGGGAGCUGGAGGCUGAGGAGAUGAAAAAGUGGCUGUCGGAGUACAACAAGCUCAAGGUGACGCUGGAGGGGCGCGAGGAGAAACUGGCGCAGUGCGUGGCGAAGCUGGAGUGCGACCUGGAGCUGCAGGGCGUGACGGGCAUCGAGGACAAGCUGCAGGAGGGCGUGGCAGAGUGCAUAGAGAGCAUGCUGACAGCAGGCAUCAACGUGUGGAUGCUGACGGGCGACAACCUGGACACGUCGAUCAACAUCGGAAUCGCGACGAACCUGAUCAACAUGCUCUCGGACCGCAUCAUGCUCGACUCGACCUCAGUGGCAACCGAGGACAUCAAGAAGUUCAUGGAGGACAACGUGGAGAGGAUCGACCGCGAGAACGACGCCUCGCGCCACCGCUGCCUCGUAGUCGACUCGCUGAACAUGGAGAAGAUCCUGACUGACGAGCUCUCGCCGCUAUUCCUGAAGCUGGUCCACAGAGUGCACUCGGUGCUCUGCUGCAGAAUGACGCCGUACCUCAAGGGCGCAGUGGUCUCGCUGGUGAAGACGAAGCUGAAGAAGAUCACACUCGCGAUCGGGGACGGCGGCAACGACUGCAACAUGAUACAGAUCGCGCACGUGGGCGUGGGCAUCAAGGGCAAGGAGGGCUCGCAGGCAUUCAACGCCUCGGACUUCGGCAUCGGCCAGUUCCGCUUCCUCGCGCCGCUGAUGCUGCACCACGGCCGCUGCUGCUACCGCAGGUCAGCCAAGUGCGUGAACUACAUGUUCUACAAGAACGUGAUCCUGGUCAUUCCGCUCUUCUACUACGGCUUCCUCUCCUUCUUCUCGGGCCAGAAGAUCUACUUCUCGCUCUUCGUGGCCAUCUACAACGUGGUCUUCACGUGCCUGCCGGUGAUGAUCGUGGGCGCGAUCGACCAGGACUACACGAAGGAGUUGUCCUCGAAGUACCCGCACGUCUACCAGCUGGGCCAGAAGAACUACUACUACAACGUGGUCAACUUCAGCUGCUGGAUUUUGAACUCGGUGAUGCAGUCUGCGAUCAUCUUCGUGAUGAUGACGCUCGGCUUCUCCGACAGCAUCAGCCUGCCCUUCCGCGGCGGCCUGAUCGCGGACGCUCCGACCAUGGGCAUCGUGCUCCUCUCGGCGGUGUUCAUCGUGGUCACGCUCAAGCUGGUCCUGGAGACCUGGUACUUCACCAGGAUUACUACCCUGUCGCACCUGCUCAGCAUUUUUUUCUUCAUGCUAACGGUAAUAGCCUUCUCUUCAUGUCCGCCGUUCACAGGCAACGCAGCUGGUUCCGCAUUCACUCUCUUCAGCAGCUAUAGGUUCUGGGUGGUUCUACUGGGCACCGUCAUGCUCGCCCUCUACAGAGAUUAUUUUUACAAGGUGUUUUUGUACUCGUUUGCUCCGCACUACUACCAUCACAUCCAGCGCGUGGAGUACCUGAAGUUAGACGAGCUCCGUGGGUUCGACUAA